AUGGGCCAUCAGGAGGAGCUGAAGCCGGAGCAAGUGGAUCUGAAAGUAACCCCCUUUGUGGGCUAUCUGCGACGCACAUGGAGUGACUUCUGUGCCACCAGCAGUAUCCAUGGAUUGAAAUACACUCGUGACGAGGAUACGAAUAAGAUUGUGCACCUGGUGUGGCUCUUAAUAUCGGUGGUGAUGUUCAUUUGUGCUGUUGUUAUGGCGCGCACCUUCUACAUGGACUAUCGCAGCAGUCCGACGCGUAUGAAUGUGGAAAGUGAUAACACACCGGUUAAUAGACUCUAUUUCCCACCUGUCACAAUUUGUCCAGAUGUACUCUUCAACAUGCAAAAGUCCGAGGCCUUUCUGAACACUCUUCGACUUCCAAAAGGAGCCGAGCUGAGGGGCAUUCUACGCAAACUUCACAUUUUCUACGGUUUUAUGCUAGAUGAUGAGCGCUAUUCGGCGGAGGACAUCGAGCAAAUGGAAGCCCUUCUAUUCCUAAAUAAUCUCACAAUUCCGGAAUUUGUAGAACACUUACGCUGGAAUUGUGACGAAAUUCUGUAUCGCUGUAGGUUUAAUGGUGAAAUAAUGGAUUGUUCCAAGAUAUUUCAGCUUUCCAAGACGUUUUUCGGUCAUUGCUGUUCAUUCAAUUUGAGACAAAAAGGGUGGGUAAAUAACAAACUAAAUAAUUUAGAGAGUUUUAAAGUUUUCCAUUUGAACAGUUUGAACUUCACCGCCCAACGAGCAAUAGGUGGCCUUAGAUAUGGCCUGUCAGUGGUUGUACGGUAUAAAGACGACAACUACGAUCCAUUGCAAUCGUAUUCGUAUGGCGUAAAGUUAUUGAUCCAAGAAGCAGAUGCCUUUCCCAGUGCCCAUUCUGCUGCAAAAUUUAUAGCCUUCAAUUCGGAGACAUUUGCUGCAGUUAGACCUCAAGAAACGUUUUGCUCUUCUGCUGUGAAAGCUUUAAUCAUCGAAGAGAGAAAUUGCGUUUUUCAAAAUGAGUUUCCCAUGCGUUACUUUUCCGAUUAUGUAUACCCUAACUGCGAGCUAAAUUGUAGAGUAACGAAUAUGGUCAAGUUCUGCGGUUGUCACACGUACUUUUUUGAUUUUAAUCGCACUAGCGAUCGGAUUUGUACAUUUCGAGAUAUUCCUUGUCUAGUGGAUAAUUUUGGUAGGUUAUUAUUGAUUUGCUCAAAAUAUAGCGAUUUUAAUAGAUUGCUUUCAGCCAAUAUAAUUACAAGAAAGAAAAGUACCCAGUGCUACUGUCCGCUAACCUGUGAACACAUUGAUUACGACGUACAGUUGACGAAUUUUCCCCUGGAACUGAAUAUGCCGGUGGCCGAUAAGUUCUAUUCGGGCUUAGCCAAAAACGAUGGUGUAUUGCAUGUCUUUAUCAAUUCGUUUAGCUACCGCCGAUUGCGACGUGACUUGCUUUCCAAUAUGGUUACUUUGGUGUCUAAUCUAGGCAGCGCCUUCAGUCUUUUUGUGGGCAUGAGCAUGCUUUCGGUGGUAGAAAUUAUCUACUAUUUUUCAGUAAUUUUACGCAAGAACUACAAACUGGAAUGCGAAACUCGCAGUCAGAUGCUUCACAAGAAGCCGAAGUUCGCGUGGCCCAAAGCUAAUGACACUCACAGUAAAGAGCAGAAAUCAGUUUUCAUAAUUCACAAAUCGUAA